UUCACCUGCAGCCCGGUAUAGCAGUUACACUGGGAGUGGGGAAUUAAAUGAAACUGGUCAGACCAGUAAUGCUCACUGGGUGAUCUCAGGUAUGACUUAGCUCUCUCUGACACGGCACUUACAGAGAUGGUGAAACCACAGGACAAGGGGCUGCUGCAAUGAAUCGGCGGGGGACAGAGUAGUCAGGGUGCCAGCUACAUGCUGCUACUUGUGAAGAAUCGUUGUAUCACCAAGCUGGGGUGUUGCUGAAGAUAACAUCCUUGGCACCAUGGCAACUGGGGAUAAAGUUGCCAUAUUAACUGAGGAUGAGGAAGAACAGAAGAGAAAGUAUGUCCUUGCUGAUCCUUUUAAUGGCAUCUCUGUGGAGCAUAACCAAGAUAGGCCCAAUGAAGCUUCCCAAGAGCUUCCGCAAAUGCCUAGUUCAGACCCAGAUAUGGACUGGCUAGAAAAACACUGUGUUAAAAUCAAUAAUGACCUUCUCAUUUCUAAAGUCUUCUAUUUCUUCUUUUACUCUGCAUAUGGAUCCCUCUAUCCACUUCUGCCUGUAUAUUAUAAACAGUUGGGCAUGACUCCUACCCAGAGUGGAUUGCUAGUAGGCAUUAGAUAUUUUAUUGAGUUCUGCAGUGCCCCGUUCUGGGGCGUGAUAGCUGACCGUUUUAAAAAAGGAAAGAUAGUUUUACUCUUCUCAGUUUUAUGUUGGGUUUUAUUCAAUUUAGGGAUCGGGUUUGUGAAACCAGCUGGAUUAAUGUGUGUGCUCAAGAAUCCAGUACCUUUGCAGCCAACUAACUCAAGCUUACCGUUGACUACAAAGCUGCCACUUACCUCUACACAAAGUAUCACCGUAGCAAAACGGAAAAGAGAUCUAAAUUUGGAACAAACUCUUACAUGGGAAGCUGAUUCGCCCACUAACUCUGAAUUAACAUUUGAUAAUGAAGAGUUAAUGUUGUUACACCGCUUGGUUCGAGAUGCACAGAAUGACAGCAUUAAUAACCAAACUGGGAAAGAAUCUACCACUUCUGUAAUAACAACGUCCUUAGUCACUACCACCACCACCACAUCCCAGAGUCCCCCUGCUGAUUUGUACAGCUUGGUAUCUGAUCCAGAGGAUGUAGAAACAAUAUUCCUUUUGAUCUUGUUGGUUGUUAUUAUUGGAGAGUUUUUUAGUGCCCCGGCAGUGACUAUUGUGGACACAGUGACACUUCAAUACUUGGGAAAGCACAGGGAUCGUUAUGGUUUGCAAAGGAUGUGGGGCUCCCUUGGAUGGGGGUUAGCCAUGUUGUCUGUGGGUAUUGGAAUUGACCACACUAGCAUAGAAGUGUUAAUCACUGGUGCUGGCUGCAAAGCUCCUGAGUAUAAAAACUACCGCAUUGCCUUUAUUGUAUUUGGUGUCCUGAUGUCCGUAGCACUUAUAGUUUCUACACAGUUUCGUUUCUACUACCAUCACUUAAAACAAGAAGAAGAUAGAAGGGAUGACGUAGAGAUUUCACCAGUGGAAACCAAUUCUCAACUUGAGUCUCCACAAAGUCAGAACGGAGCUAGAGAACAAGAGGACAUAAACCAACACUUUAAGUUUCGUGAUCUGGUUAAGAUGUUUUUCACUGUGCAGUAUGGAUCGGUCCUCUUUGUGGCCUGGUUCAUGGGGUUUGGCUAUGGAUAUGUGUUCACCUUUUUAUUCUGGCAUCUAGAGGAUCUUAAUGGAACCACAACUCUUUUUGGGGUCUGCUCUGUAUUGAGUCACGUGUCAGAGCUCACUGCUUACUUCUUCAGUCACAAGCUGAUUGAGCUGGUUGGUCACAUCAGGGUACUGUAUAUUGGCCUUGCCUGCAAUACUGCACGCUACCUAUAUAUCUCCUACAUGGAUAUUGCCUGGACUGUUCUACCAAUGGAAGUUCUACAAGGUGUAACCCAUGCGGCAAUAUGGGCAGCUUGUAUUUCAUACCUAAGUGCUGCAGUCCCUCCUGCAUUACGGACGUCUGCUCAGGGUAUUCUUCAAGGCCUACAUCUAGGGCUUGGCAGAGGCUGUGGUGCUAUGAUAGGUGGAGUCUUGGUGAACGCCUUUGGUGCUGCAGAAACAUUCCGGGGGAUUGGAAUGGCUUCACUAGUGAUCCUUCUCCUCUUUGCUUUGAUCCAGUGGUUAGCAGUACCCCAGAAGGGAAAAGAUGCAUCAAUGUUGGCGGAAAGAAUCCCUGUCCCUUCCAGUCCAGUUCCCAUAGCAACGAUUGACUUGGUACCACAGCAUUCUGAUAAUAUCAUGCCCAGAAUCGAGCCUAAACUUCCGCCAAAGAAAACCAGACACCAAGAGGAGCAAGAAGAUGUUAACCGUCCCGCAUGGGGGAUAAGCUCCUCACCCUGGGUCUCCAUUGCCUAUGUGUUUUAUCAGAUUAAGCAAAUGUUGGAACUUUCCAAAAGCAACCAGGUGUCAGAAAAUCAGCCUCUACAGGGAAAUAAUAAUAACAAUAAUGCUCAACAAAUACCUGAGUCACCACAGCUUUCCAGAAAUGGUGAAGACACUGCUUCAGCAGAUGCCUCUGUGACCCCUAAUAUUCCCAUUGAGACUAAUCCAUUUAGCCCAGAAGGGGGAGAGGAUGCCCAAAAAGCUGUCAGCAGUGAACCUCAGUUGAAUGAGUCAUCAAGACCUGAAGAAACACAAUGGGUUGGACAGAGCUCCUGAAUGCGGAGUGGAUAUGUGGACAGUCUUGGUCAGAAGCAGGGUACUGAUGAUUUAGCUAGCAACAUCAAAUCUGCUACCCUCAGAUGUUUAUGACAAAUACAAGUGAAAGAAAAUAGGCUGAUUCCACUUUCAAAAAAAGCAAAAAACCUUGAUUCAUUUCUGAUGUCUUAAAAACAUCAAGGAGAAUUAGGCCUCUUACAACAGUAAAAUAAAUCCCUUGAGUUCCAUGUAUAUUUCUGUUUGUAUGUAGACAUCCUUGUAAUAGAGAGAUUCUAGCUAUGCAUUUAAGUGACGAUGUUGCAUAUCUCUGUAGGUUACAGUCCACUUGAUUGUGCCCUCUUUUCACUACGAUGUACAUACAAUUUAUUUAUCAUCUUAAACUCUAUUGCAUUCCUAACAAAGAAUUAUACAAUAGGAGAUGUGCUUGUUACACUUUGUAACAGUGUCUGUGAAAAAAUACACUUUAUUUGACAUCUAGAAGAAAACAAUUUAUUAUACACUAUAGGAACUUUUAACAUUUCAACUGCCAGAUUGUUGGCUCAAUAGGAGAAAACAUAUAAUAAAAUGUAUACAUAUUAGGAAAUAUGAGUACUGCAAUAUUAUCCUGUAUUUGAAAUACCCUUAAUAAUUGGAAUUGCUUUUUUUUCUUUUUCAUACUCAACACUGAUUUUAGAAUUGGAUUUGAGGUAAAAACCUAAAAAACAAAAAGCUUAUAAAUAAUAGUGCCUAUAUAUAUAUAUAUAUAUAUAUAUAUAUAUAUAUAUAUAUAUAUAUAUAUAUAUAUAUGUAUAGCUACAUGCAUUGCAGUGUAUUUAAAACAAAUACAUUACAUAGAGUACACAAAGAAUAAUUUGCAAAUAAAAACUGGUCUUUUGAACAUUUUGGAACUGCAUGAAUAGUACUUGAAAGUAUUAUAAAAUACUCUCCUAAUUGUAAAAUAAAAUGGAGUAGCUUUUUAUGAAAAGUCUAAACAAGGAUUGAUUUAGUAGCUUUUUGGUCUUUCUAUCUCUUUAGUAAGUAGUUGAUGAAUCAAUCCCAGAACAUAAUCUACUUGCAAAAUGAAUACAGCUAUGUGAUUUUCAUAGAUGUGAGACAGAAACUCACACAUACUUUAUAUAUAAAUAACAUUGCCUCUGCCUUACACUAUCUGUAAGUAUAAACUUUUGUUUAAACAAAAAUACAUUAAAUAGUUUACAUUUUAGUUAAAUAAAAUAUAUGUUAUAGAGAAUAA